UGCUUGCAUCAAGAAGCUCUUGGUUUUCCGUCCUCUCCUGCUCUCCUCCAGGAUAUAUUCUUCUUCUUCACAUCUGAGCAUAUACCUGUUUUUCCUAUCUCUUGGAAUGUGGCACUCUUUGGCUUUUACUCUGUUUGGGAUCUCUUCUCUGAUCCAAGUGUCACUACAAGGUCCGCACCAGAGGACCCUCUUAAAAAACCUCCUGAAGGACUAUAACCGCAUGGAGAGGCCUGUCGCCAAUGAUUCUCAACCCCUCACUGUUUUUCUCUCAUUGAGCUUGGUCCAGAUAAUGGAUGUGGAUGAGAAGAAUCAGAUAUUGACCUCCAAUAUCUGGCUUAACAUGCAUUGGUAUGAUCACUAUCUACAGUGGAACCAGUCCGAGUAUCCAGGAGUCAAAAACCUUCGCUUCACCACAGAACAAAUAUGGACCCCUGAUAUUCUGCUCUACAACAGUGCAGAUGACAAGUUUGAUUCUACCUUUAAAUCUAAUGUGGUGGUGAACUCCAGUGGCUAUUGCACCUACCUGCCCCCAGGUAUCUUUAUGAGUACAUGUAAUGUGGACGUACGUUGGUUUCCAUUUGACAUCCAGACGUGUAAGCUUAAAUUCGGCUCAUGGACGUUUGAUGGAUGGCUACUGGAUCUCCAAAUGAAUGAGGCUGAUAUCUCUGGCUACAUGCCCAACGGAGAGUGGGACCUCGUGGGUGUGCCGGGCACAAGAAACGAAUUGUACUAUGACUGCUGUAAGGAGCCUUUUCCAGACGUGACCUUUGUGGUGACCAUUCGCAGACGGACCCUCUACUACGCCUUGAACCUACUCGUUCCCUGCGUUCUCCUCUCAUCCAUGACCCUGCUUAUUUUUCUGCUACCUGCCGACUCUGGAGAAAAGAUCUCACUAGGUAUUACUGUGCUACUCUCAUUAACAGUCUUCAUGCUAUUGGUGGCAGAGAUCAUGCCAGCAACCUCCGACUCCAUCCCGCUGAUAGGGCAGUACUUCGCCAGUAUAAUGAUCAUUGUUGGAAUGUCAGUUAUUGCAACGGUGGUUGUGCUGCAGUAUCACCAUCAUGACCCCAACGGAGGAAAUAUGCCCAAAUGGGUUCAGCUAGUCUUGUUACAGUGGGUGGCCUGGUUUUUGCGUAUGAAGCGUCCUGGUGAAAGUGAAGACCCUGAGCGUCCUCCCUGUACCCCCCACUUACGCCGUUGUUCUUCUGGAUCCCAGAGCGGCAGCCUUCCGAAUGCUCCUGGUUCCACUUCUGCUGACCUGCACCACCACCAUCACCACACAUCUUCCACGCUGCAUCCGCUUCAUCCCCAAAGCCUCCUGCAGGCCGCGGCCAUGGCCGGACACACCCACCAUCUCCACAACCAGACCAACAGUGCCAACAAUAACGGCAACCUCCUCUACAUUGGCUUCUCAAGUCUGGAUGAAGCCUCGCCGCCACCCCUGCUUGCUGAGUCCGUGCAAAGAAACAGCGUGUCCGGUGGCCCACGUCCCGUAGUUACAUCGCCUCCAGCGGUAGGCUCCAGCCCGCCACCUCACCUGCCCUCUCAGUUCUGCAGCCCUCCACCCCCUCCCACGCCCAAUCUGGAGGCCACGGGAUGCCCGAGCACUGUGUCUGGUGGUGGGGGUGCAUGCUCUUGUUCAGGGACCAGUGGCGGAGGAGACCCACAGCUUCAGGCAAUUUUAGAAGAGGUGCGGUUUGUUGCCGAUAGGUUUCGCGGACAGGACGAAAGCGAAAUCAUGACCGAACAAUGGAAGUUUGCCGCAGCGGUAAUCGAUCGACUUUGUCUGGUGGCGUUCAGCGUUUUCAACAUCAUCUGCACCAUCUCCAUUCUCAUGUCAGCACCAAAUUUUGUGGAGGCCGUUUCUAAGGAUUUCAUCUGAUUACUUGGUGAAUUCUGAAGAGAACAGAUACUGGAGUUUGAUCGUAAACGGGAAAUAUUUGCCUCCCCAUAACAGCGAAAUAACGUUUUCCAAAACUUAAACUUUUGGAAUAAUCCAAGUGACCCUAACAUCUGGGAAAUGAAAGCUUUUGAUUGGCUGGCGCCCUUGUACUCUGGAAAUGUGGACAUCUCAAAAAACUUGCUGAACUAUGAAGUGUGCUGAAAGCUAAAGACCACAAAGUGUUUGCAAAUGAAGAAGGGAACAAUUCACUGUGGGGUAAGGUUUUCUAAACUCAAGAUUUGAAUUACAAACAAAACAUGUAGAUUGAUAAUGACAAUGACUCUGAGCUGUGUCAACCUGAUGUGACACGCUACAGGUACUGUAUUGGUAGCCAGCUUUAACAUUUUAAAUUAGUGCAGCGCAAAGCCACUUGAUGUCAAAAUAUAUUUUGGUAAAGUUCAUCAAUGGGUAGAUGAGGUUGACUAAAGUGAACACGGAAGUUGAAGAACAAAAGAGACAGGGAGAGAUAUCGGAAGCAGUGGACUGACGUGAAGGGCUGGCAUUGAUUUGUUGGAAGGACAGGCAGAACACACAGUUGGAGAACUGCAUUUGUACCUGCAGCAGGGUUUAAGUGGUUUUGAUAAUGGAGAGAUAGUGACAGAUGCAAUAUAACUGACAUGGGCAGAGAUACAGAAUGAUGGAUGGAUUAGGACAUGAAAUCAAAGGAAAAACAAUAGGAAUGACAGACAAAAUAAGACAACGUAUUAGACAAAAUGAGGCCGGCUCAGUGCAAAAUGAAAGAAGAAUGGACUGAAAAACUUUUUUAGACAACCGGAUAAGAAAAUAAAAGAAUGAUAAGGGAAUUAUAGAAGGAUGGAUAGAGACAUACAGAUCAGGCAGUUGGGGGUAAGUGAGACUCAGCAACAUUUCCUGUCAGGAGCAAGAAUAGCUUCACUGUUGGAAAGAUAUAGCGCAUCUGAUCCCCCCAGCCCCCACCCCAAAAAAAGUGAAACCAUCACGGCAUCAGUCACUCAAAAGGCAAGACGACAAGAACACAAGGCAGAUAGGAAGUAAGAGAGAGCGUAAGAACAAAGAGCAAUAAUCCUCAUAGAUGUAAUGGGAAAAGGCACAAAGACAGUAGAGAUAUGGAUAAAAUCUGUCUCCAUGUGAAAUAAGUGAGAUGUUUCUAAAAAAAAAGAGAUGAGGAAGUGAACAAUGGUAUAAUCACAGCCAAAUUUCAAACCAUGGAGUUUCUCUUUCUCUCUGUCUCUCUCGUUCUCAAAAAUAAAUAUAAAGGAGAGUGUUACUAUCUGUGUUCACCUUGCCUUUGAGUAAAAUCAGUAAAUGUUAAACACCUCAAAAUUCAGUUUUCUUCGCUGGAAGUUGAGGUGGGACAAAUUGAAGAGCUUGUCCACUUUUUUAAAAAUAGCCAAUAUCCUUUAGUUUACAUUACAGCCAUGAAUAUGACUUGAGACUUGCUAUUGUCAAAAGUAGGUGUGUUAAUGGGAAGGGACAUCUUAUACAUUUACAUGUAUGCAUUUGGCUUUUAUCCAAAGCAUCUUACAGUGCAAGGUAUACUUGUUUUUAUCUGUGUGUGUAUGUGUGUGUGUGUUCCCUAGAAAUCGAACCAAUGACAUUUUGCGAUGCUAACACAAUGCUUUACCAGUUGAGCUACAGAAACACAUUUAAAAAAAUUCUAAGGGGUUGUGCAAACCAAAACUUUUAAACGCGUCUGAAAACGCCUGGACAACGCCGAAUGCCAGCUGUUUUUUAGCUGAGUGCCAGCUUUCUUCAGCUAAGCACUUUGGUAGCUCUGAUACGUCAGCUGUGAGACGGUUGGUUGCUGUGAUAGGGGCUAAUCACACCAACAGCGCUUUAAACGCUUGGAAACGCAAGGCGCGACGCACUGCCUUUUUUAAAAAAGAGCAGUGCAACGCGGCUUUAUAUAUUGCUAGGCAACCACCGAGUCAGCUGUCUUGUCAAUCAAAUAUUGAAGCGUGAGUGCUCUUUUGCUGUUAACUGUCAUAUUAGCAGAAACUUUAAAAAGAGGACGCUUGCUCUGACCUUGUUUGAGGGUGAGAUGUGCACAAACACGCAGGAGAGAGUGAGCGAGUGUAGUCCGGUUCUUCAAAGCAACUGUAAACGUCCCUCACCACAACGUAAGGCCCGCCUUUCCCCUCAUUCGAUUGGACAUUGGAAAGACGCGAAUGACGUCGGGCGCUUCUCCGCUCUCAGCGCUGCCUUGCGGCAAAAACCGCAAGGCGCUCGGCGCGCAUAAACAGCGCGCAAACGCUCCCUGUCCAUAGAAUAUCAUUCAAAAAAGGCGCCUGCAACUGCCAUAAAUGCUUUUGGUGUGAUUGGCCCCAUACUUGGCCGUGUGAGAGCUGACAUUGACGAGCGGAGCUUUUUACCCAAAGUUGAAUACUUUUCAACUCUUGGCGCUCAGUGCUGAGCGCGGAAAAACCAUUGGGCACCGGUUUUCAGCACGUAAGAAAACCGCUAGCUGAUGGCUGAUUUGAAAAACGACGACCUUCUUUUGGAAACAAUUGAAAACAUGCGCCGGCCACAGGCGUAAAAGUUUUGGUGUGCACGCCCCCUAAUGUAGUUAAAGAGUGCACUAAAAUAUAGAUGAACUCUGACUGUGUUUACCUGCACCCUCAUAAUGUGAUUAUAAUGAGAUUAAGGCAUUAUUGCGAUAUUAUUUACACAACACUUUUAUUAAAAUGUGAUUAUAAUUGCAGUAAAAUAUGUGGUGCAUGCCAAUUUCAAUAACACUUCAAUUGCAUUUAUUCAACUCUGAAGUGUGCAUAUGCUUAUGACAUAUACGGAUGUUGUGCAUUCGUACACGUGGCAUCAAAGAAGGCAUCACAUUUUUGGGGUGUUCAAGUUCACGACAUGAACUUAAAAUGCAAUAUAUUGAUGGUCGAAAACAUUGAAAUAUAGACAUUUUAGGUGUGUCACCAAGCGCAUAGAUGUGGAACUAGUGGCUGUAACCAUGCCACACUUCCACAUAUAAUGUAAUAAUACAAAUAUUUAGGUCAUACACUGUAGUGAUUGAAUGAUCAGAAGAAUUAACACGAGUUAAGAUUAACACAAGUAAAGAAGUUUACUCAUGCCAUAUAAACAUCUAAUGGAGAUUAAGUCUUUACUCCGAUUACUGGAAAUAAUCACAUUAUUGGUGCACAUGUAAACGUAAUGAAUGUUAACAGACAUGGACUAUUAGCCACCGACUGCUAAGAGACAUGGACUGUUGGCCACAAAUGCCAAUAUUUAUUUAGUGCCAUUACUAGUUUGUCACUUUUGGAUGAACAGUUUUUCAACCAAUUAAAGACAAUUUUGUUCGAUGUGGCCAAAAUUUGCAUCACCUUUACGAUGCCAAUAUCUAAAAGGUCAUUUAAUAGUUUGAGUGGCUAGAAGUUGAUUUUAAAGUGGUUAUUGUGUUGUUGAACUGGGGUCCUGUUGUGUAACAAAAGGCGGUGAUUUAAUAGACCUGGCAAUUUAAAGAAAUACAGAUUUUUCUUCAGAGUAAUGACCACUUAUGCUAAAGUAUGUUAAUGUUUGACACUAAAUGUACUGUAUACACUGUAAAUCUUUAGGAUAAACCACAUAGGAAAUUCAUGGGAAGAUGUAUUUGGCAAUAGCAUAUGCUCCAGUAUAAAUUGUGGAAAUGAAUCCUAAUAAUGCAGUCUGGUGGUAUUGCCAAAGACUGCUGUUGACCGUCAUUCUCUUUAAAAACGUCAGAAAUCUCAUUUUAAUGGGGGACCAAAUUUCUCUCUGUCUCAUUCACUCUCUCUCCCUCUUUUGCGCUCUGACUCAGACACAAAUCAU